AUGUCGAAGCAAAUCACCGCCAACGAAGUGAAAGAGCACAACACAGUCGAGAAGGGCCUUUAUAUCAUCAUUGAUAAUGACGUGUACGAGAUGGGAGGCUUCGUAGAUGAGCACCCAGGCGGUGCGAAGAUCCUCAAGAGAGUAGGUGGAAAGGAUGCGAGCAAGCAGUUUUGGAAGUACCACAACGAAAGCGUGUUGAAGAAGUACAGCCCGAAGUUGAAGAUUGGAACUUUGAAGGAGGGAGCCAAGCUAUAA